AUGCCUGAAAAUCCUGCUGCAGAUAAACAGCAGGUGCUGCAGAUCCUUGAUCGUCUACAAGCAAAACUGCGUGAGAAAAGAGAUUCCCAACAUAAUGAAAACCUGACUGUUUUGCGUAACACGCUCAGGAGUCCUUUGUUUAACCAGAUCCUGACCCUCCAGCAAUCCAUCAAGCAACUGAAGGAACAACUCAAUUAUAUGCCCCCUGACCGUUCAGUAGAUUUUGAUUUUACUAAGAGAGGGCUACUAGUGUUUGCUGACAAAUCAGUUGCUGCUGGGAGCGUGUAUACACCUUGCAGUUCACCUGAACGCAAAGCAUCUACCUUCACCCCAAACCUGGGAGUUAAUGAAUUUAACGCAAUCAUCCAACAGAUGGCAAAGGGGAGACAAAUAGAAUCAAUGAAGAUUGAAAAGCCUUCUGUUGGAGGUCUUGGAUUUAGUGUGGUUGCCCUUAAAAAUCACAGCUUGGGAGAAGUUGGUAUCUUUGUCAAGGAAGUCCAGCCAGGAAGCAUAGCUGACAGGGAUCAAAGACUAAAGGAAAAUGACCACAUACUGGCCAUUAAUUGCACCCCAUUGGAUCAGAACAUUUCCCAUCAGCACGCUAUUGCCCUCCUCCAGCAAUCCACAGGAUCUCUACAUCUGGUUGUUGCUAGGGAGCCGGUUCAAGGAAACAGCAGAACUUCGGCUGUCUUAUUAAGUGAUAUAAAUCCACCUGAGACUAUUCACUGGGGCCACGUUGAAGACGUUGAGCUGAUUAACGAUGGUUCAGGAUUAGGCUUUGGAAUUGUAGGAGGAAAGUCAAGUGGAGUAGUUGUAAGAACAAUUGUUCCUGGGGGAUUAGCAGAUCGGGAUGGGAGGCUCCGGACAGGAGAUCACAUCUUGCAGAUUGGAGGGACUAAUGUGCAAGGAAUGACCAGUGAACAAGUAGCCCAAGUGCUGAGAAACUGUGGGAAUUCUGUAAGGAUGAUCGUUGCAAGAGACCCAAAGUGUGAAAUUAUGGAGACUCCACCAGCUCCUGUGAGCUGGCCAGUCAGUGCAUUACCUUCCUUUCAAAAUGGAAAUGAUAAUACCAACCUUUUUGAGACCUAUGAUGUUGAACUUAUAAAAAAGAAUGGGCAAAGCCUUGGGAUAACAAUUGUUGGAUAUGCUGGCACAUGUGAUGUAGAACCUUCAGGGAUUUUUGUGAAAAAUAUAAUACCUGGUAGUGCUGCUGACCACAAUGGCCAAAUUCAUGUUCAUGACAAAAUUGUUGCUGUUGAUGGAGUUAAUAUACAGGAUUAUACCAACCAAGAAGUGGUAGAAGCGUUGCGUAACACAGGACAGGCUGUACGCCUUACCUUACUUAGAAGGAAACCUUCUUCUACUAUUCCUUCAGAAGGACCUUCAGAUAGAGUGCAGCCAACUAUUCCAACCUUUGUGUCCCCUGGAGCUGUAGGGACUGAAACUAGUGUGGACAUUAAGAAUAAGGAGAACCAAGAACAGAAGGAUAAUCUUCAAAAUGAAAAGAAGCAGAGUCUAUAUAAAACAGGAAGAGUUCCACUCCCUCCAGCACAUGAGCUGAAAUCCAAGUGGGAAAACCUGCUGGGACCUGAAUACGAAGUUAUGGUUGUGAAUGUGGAUAUGCCCAUUACAGACGAUUCGGAGCUCCAGAAGUACUCAAAGCUAUUACCCAUCCACACUUUAAGAUUAGGAGUUGAGCUUGACACGUUUGAUGGACAUCAUUAUAUAUCAUCAAUUGCUUCAGAUGGUCCAGCUGCAACACUUGGUCUUCUGCAACUGGAGGAUGAACUUCUGGAGGUAAAUGGAGUUCAGCUGUACGGAAAAUCACGCCGCGAGGCAAUCACUUUUCUAAAAGAAGUGCCACCCCCAUUUACAUUGGUUUGCUGUCGGCGACUUUUUGAUGAUGGCAGUGAGUCUCUCGUGGAUGAACCCACCGUGGGAGUUUCCCCUCCAGAACAAAAGGUGAAACCUGAGGAAGACAUUAAUCCUGAGGAGGAAGAAGGGGAAUUAGCAUUAUGGUCUCCUGAUGUGAAGGUUAUUGAACUGGAGAAAGACAGAAACGGUUUAGGAUUCAGCAUUUUAGACUAUCAGGAUCCCUUAGAUCCAACAAGAACAGCCAUUGUGAUCAGCUCUUUGGUGGCAGGCGGAGUAGCCGAACGUGGGGGCGAGCUUUUACCGGGUGACCGCUUGGUGUUUGUAAAUGAGAAAUAUUUGGACAGCGCCACUUUAGCAGAGGCAGUGGAAGUGUUGAAAUCUGUGCCCCCGGGUACAGUUUCUCUUGGCAUCUGCAAGCCUUUGGUGGGAGAAAGGAAAGAGGAGGAGAACAUGCACAGUGUGGAUUCCAGCAACAUUAAAACCAGCCCUGGAUCUCCAGAACCAAUAGAUAAUAUUAAUUUCUCAAUAAUACUUGAAGCACCACAGGGUUUCAGAGAUGAAACACCUUUUAAAGAAGAAAUUGUUGAUGAACCAAGUUUGGACUUGAGAAGGUCAUUUCAGCUUUCUCAAAAUGACAAUAAGUAUGAGAAGGAGUCCUGGGAGAUGCAUGAAUUUCUGAAACCCAGAACAGAAGUGGAUGAAGAACGGGAAGUGUUGGUGGAUGAUGAGUAUGAAGAAGAUUCAAGCUUCUUGAAAUAUAAUGCAUCAUGUGGACAGAAGGCAACUUCAGAGAGGAACCUCGGUACAGAACGAUGGGCAAAGCAGCUUGAGACUACUGAAGUACAAGACUUAAGAUCCAGUGUUAACUUAAGUCCGAAACAGUCCCUGGAAUAUCCAUUCAAUAAAGAUGAAAUGUGUGAAGAAAAUGCUAGUAUAACUUCACUAUUUUCUGGAACCACAGCACACAGUGGCUACCAAAAAGACAUAUUUGGUACUGAAACUACCCAGUCAGGAGCAAAAAACAAGAUGGAUUUAGAUACAAAGCUUCGGAUUGACUCUAAAGGACCUGGGCUUGCUGUUGAUCUGGAAGCUAUUGAAAAGGAAGAACUAAAAGGGGAGGAUUAUGUUUUUUCCAAGAACCCAGAAUCUGGGAGAGUAACCACCUUAGCUCAGCCUAGAACAGCGUUGUGCAGUGAAUUACCUGAGAGAGAAGAAGGAGAAGGAGAAGAAACUCCAAACUUCAGCCACUGGGGACCACCACGGACUGUUGAGAUCUUUAGAGACCCUCAUGUGUCUCUUGGAAUCAGUAUUGUUGGUGGACAAACUGUCAUAAAGCGUCUGAAGAAUGGAGAAGAACUUAAAGGGAUCUUUAUCAAACAAGUUUUGGAAGACAGCCCAGCAGGAAGAACAAAGGCUUUAAAAACUGGAGAUAAAAUACUUGAGGUUUCUGGGAUAGACCUACAAAACGCCACACACGAGGAAGCCGUAGAAGCUAUCAAGAAUGCAGGAAAUCCUGUUGUGUUUGUGGUUCAGGGUUUGUCUAACAUACCAAAAGUAGUUUCUGCUGUACAGCCUAAGGGAAUCAAAGUCAGCAAAGAUCAGGAUGCAGGCAGAGAAAAUAAGAGUGAAAAGAGAAAAUAUGGGGCUCCACCUCCAAUGAAAUUGCCACCUCCUUAUAGAGCACUUGAAAGACUGCAUGCAGAGGAAGCUAACGUGGAUGAAGAGGAGGAUGAGGAUGCUUGUGCAGAGAAAAAAAUCAGGCAAAGAUAUGCAGAUCUACUGGGAGAGUUGCACAUUAUUGAGCUUGAAAAAGACAAAAAUGGGCUCGGACUGAGUCUUGCUGGCAACAAGGACCGCUCUCGUAUGAGCAUCUUUGUAGUUGGUAUCAAUCCAGAUGGACCUGCAGGACGAGAUGGAAGGAUGCAUAUUGGCGAUGAACUUCUAGAGGUAAACCAGGUAGUUCAUGGUAGAGGAAAG